CGGGGCGGGACGGGGCGGAGCGAGCGCGGGGCCCCGCGUCCGGUGCUGGUGGCGGCGGUGACGGGUGACGGUGGUGGCCGAUGGCGGAGCCUCCGCGGGGCGCCGAGCCCCUGUGGCGGACGCCUCCGGGCCGCUUGGCCCCACCGCACGUCUACCGCAUGGCCAGCGCCUUGGGCGCCGAGCUGCGCCGCCUCUCGGGCCGCUUCGGGCCCGACGCCGUGGCCGGCUUGGUGCCGCCAGUUGUGCGGCUGCUGGAGUUGCUGGAGGCGCUGGUGGCCCCGGUGACACCGGCGGGUUCCGAGGGUGAGGGGCAGCAGGACGCGGAGGACCUGGAGCAGAGGCUGUGGGAGGCCGAGCGCCGGGAGCGCGCCCUGCACGGCCGCCUGGCCCACCUGGAGGAGCAGAACCAGCAGCUCCUGGGGCAGCUCGCCGAGAGCCAGUCCCAGGAAGACAGCACGGCGAGGAAGGAACGAGAGGUGAUGCUGCGGCUGAAGGAGGUGGUGGACAAGCAGCGGGACGAGAUCCGUGCCCAAGCCCACGAGAUCGUCUGCAAGAGCCGAGACACGGAGGCGCUCCAGGAGCAGCUGCAGCGCUUCAUGUCCAUGAACGAGGACCUGCGGCACAAGGUGGCCGUGGUGCAGGCGCAGCUCAAGAGCGCGCUGGAGAAGAAGUCGGACCUGGAGGCCGUCGUGGUGCAAACCCAGAGGGAGAUGAACAGGAGGAGCAGGGCUGCCGCCGAGGCACCGCAGCCGAAGCCCAGCACGGAAGGAGCGCCGCUGCCUGACGAGGAGCCCCAGCCCCGGGAUGCGAGCAGGAGCCCCGCUCACUGCUGCUUCUCCAAGGAAGAGCUGCAGCAGAUCCUGCAGGAGCGGAACGAGCUCAAGACCAACCUGUUCCUGGUGCAGGAGGAGCUGGCCUAUUACCAGCGGGAGCUGCUGAACGAAGACAGAGUUCCCAGCUUCUUCCUGAAUGCAAUGAAGUCGACAAUCAAAAAACAGAAAAGGAAAAUCCGAGCCAAAAUGCUGGGGACGGCGGAGGAGUCGGCGAGCAGCGAGGAAGACGAGGGCUCCUGGCUCCCGGCUCGCAGCGCAGACUGUGUGGAUGGCCAGCCUCCCGAAUCCAAAAUCAGGAGCUUCUUCGGGCUGUGGUAUCAGGGCAGCAGCAACGACCCCCCCGCUGCCAGCUGCUCCGGAGCCUGGGAAGUCAUCGAGUCACCCGAAACGCAGCUGGAGGCGGUGGGAGAGGACGGGCAGGCGGGCAGCCCGCACACAGCAUCGCCGCCCCUCUGACCCCGCUGCAGCCGACACCCCCAGGAGCUGCGUGGGCACAGAGCAGUGGGGGCAGCCGGGGGGGCUCAGCACCCAUGGGUGCUGCUCCCUGCUUGCAGCUCCACGGGUGUCUGCACCCGCUCCGUGGGCACCACCCAGGGGCCCGUUGCCCCCAUUUUCCUUCCCCCCCAACCUUUCCAACCCUGCCUCCCCUUAUCCCUGCAAUGUGAAGAAGGAGGAAGAGUGCCCGGGGCUGCCUGGGCGCUGUCCUGCGGGUGCCCACCCCGGGCUGAGCACCCUGCACUGCCGAGGGCUGGGUGUCUGUGCGCUCAGGAGCCGUGGGGCUGCGGCGCAGCGAGCACCCCUCGUGCACCUUUCCGACGUGGGGUGAAUCCAUUCUGUGCCAGGGACUUGUUCCUGCUGCUGGCAACUGGAAAAUUUGGGCGAUCCCAGUGCUCGUGGGGGGUACGGGGGCCCUACAGGCAAGGUACUUCCUCAAUCUAGAACUGGAAACAGAAAUAAACGGGGCGCUCGUUCCUCCGACGAGGCACCCGCCACAACC